AUGGCAGAUGAGGACGCCCUCGAGGCAGUCGCCAAUGGCGGGUCGAUGGAUGUAGAGAAAUGGGCUGGCAUGGUUGCAUCGCUGCUCGAGCGACUAGAUUACAUUGUUCAUAACGUGUUUCCCAUGCCGCGAGUCCCUCCAGCCGCUUCUUUUGGCCCGCAGUAUUUCCCACAACAGUCCCCCCAGAGUGCGGCCACGAAUUCCUUCCCGCUCGCAAGCAGCAACAAAGAAAAUGCAUCACCGGUCGAUCCCCAGGCAUCUCGAGCCCCUCAGACGGGCACACCUCCUCCCUUGAGCGAGCGAAUGCCGGACUCACAGCCUCAGUCAUCUAACGACCAAGCAAACAACACGCUUCCACCACCUCUCGCAUUUCUAUUGACUACCAUUCGGUCCUCAAUCAAUUCCUUCUUCACAGAAAAGCCCCCGCAUACAAUCCAGAGACUCGCGGAGCUGAUCCUGCGGCCGACGGCACACUAUAGAACCUUACCGGCAUAUCUUCGUGCUCUGGACAGGGUUGUUUCUGUGACCAGCAGCGCAGACGUGUUUCCCUUCCAGACGCAGACGAGUACGGCUGGGCCGAAUGGGAUUCUGCAUGCAGGCGGUGCCGGUAGUACCUAUUUGGCCACUGACGCCUUUGGAGGAGACGAAUCUCUGGGAGGUGCACUACUUACCCCUAUUCCGUGGUUGACGAAUGCAUCCUUCGAGAGCGAGGACGGUAGUGCAUUGGAGGACGCCACUGGAGAGGCGAUAACUGCACAGCCUCCAGAUGCCGAGGUUGACGGCACGACAGGCGCCGCAGAGAACGAGGAUUCCGCUGCUGCUGUCGUUUCCUCCCCACCGCCUGACCAAUCUGAAGAAGUUCCACACGCCCGUGGUCCUCCAGUUGUCGGUGUCAAGGACAUGGGUCUGCAAGACGGAAAGGGCGUGGAGAUGAACCUGGGCGAUCAUGGAGCGGCAGCGGAUUCUCAGGGCACCGACGGCGCCAACGACUCUGCUUCGAGCGCGACCGAACCUCAAAACACUGGCGAUUCAGCCACCGCUGAUAAGGACGGCGACAUUGUUCUUGAUGACAGUAAACCCAGAGAGGGAGAAGAAUCUAAGACAGAGGCUUCUUCUGCUGAAUCAAAGCCUGAGGAGAAGGAAGCCGAGUCAGCGGAGACGGAGAAGAAAGAUUAA